CCGUCACUCACGGCUCGUCUUCGAGGACGCACGGAAGGCACAGCGCGCGCCUUAUCAGUCUGCCCUCCCUCCCGUCUCUCCGCCAUUAUUCAUUAUUAUCCCCUUGUUUUUCUCCUGCUAGCCCCACAGGUCGCCACGGCGCUGGAGACUUCAACCCAUUUUCCUCCGUUUGGUUUACAGAGGAGAGGCAGCCCCCCCUCCCUUUCCUCCUCUCCUCCUCGUUGCUGCUCCCUGCCAGACAGAGACAGACAUGCUGCUCCACGCUUCCCGCCUCCUCUCCCCUCCGGGACCCGUGAGGUCUGCUGAGACCAUAAAGGGUUAACUCUCCUCCAGUGAGGUCUGCUGAGACCAUAAAGGGUUAACUCUCCUCCAGUGAGGUCUGCUGAGACCAUAAAGGGUUAACUCUCCUCCAGACUAACCAACGUGACCAGAGUGACGGGACCAGAGACUGACCACAACGUGACCAGAGAGACGGGACCUGAAACUGACCACAACGUGACCAGAGAGACGGGACCUGAAACUGACCACAACGUGACCAGAGUGACGGGACCUGAAUCUGACCACAACGUGACCAGAGUGACGGGACCUGAAACUGACCACAACGUGACCAGAUUGACGGGACCUGAAACUGACCACAACGUGACCAGAGUGACGGGACCUGUAACUGACCACAACGGCACUUUCUCCAAUCGGGUUCCCUGUUGUCAUGUUCGAUCUGACCAGGUCCAUCUGUGUAGAGAACAGUCUAACCAAGUCUAGUGGUGCAGAGAACGGUCUAACCAGGUCCAUCUGUAUAGAGAACGGUCUAACCAGGUCCAUCUGUGUAGAGAACGGUCUAACCAGGUCUAGUGGUGUAGAGAACGGUCUAACCAGGUCUAGUAGUGUAGAGAACGGUCUAACCAGGUCCAUCUGUGUAGAGAACGGUCUAACCAGGUCUAGUGGUGUAGAGAACAGUCUAACCAGGUCUAGUGGUGUAGAGAACAGUCUAACCAGGUCUAGUGGUAUAGAGAACAGUCUAACCAGGUCUAGUGGUGUAGAGAACGGUCUAACCAGGUCUAGUGGUAUAGAGAACAGUCUAACCAGGUCUAGUGGUAUAGAGAACGGUCUAACCAGGUCUAGUGGUAUAGAGAACAGUCUAACCAGGUCUAGUGGUGUAGAGAACAGUCUAACCAGGUCUAGUGGUGUAGAGAACAGUCUAACCAGGUCUAGUGGUGUAGAGAACAGUCUAACCAGGUCUAGUGGUAUAGAGAACAGUCUAACCAGGUCUAGUGGUGUAGAGAACGGUCUAACCAGGUCUAGUGGUGUAGAGAACGGUCUAACCAGGUCUAGUGGUAUAGAGAACGGUCUAACCAGGUCCAUCUGUGUAGAGAACGGUCUAACCAGGUCUAGUGGUAUAGAGAACGGUCUAACCAGGUCUAGUGGUGGAGAGAACGGUCUAACCAGGUCUAGUGGUGUAGAGAACGGUCUAACCAGGGCUAGUGGUAUAGAGAACGGUCUAACCAGGUCUAGUGGUAUAGAGAACGGUCUAACCAGGUCCAUCUGUGUAGAGAACGGUCUAACCAGGUCUAGUGGUAUAGAGAACGGUCUAACCAGGUCUAGUGGUAUAGAGAACGGUCUAACCAGGUCCAUCUGUGUAGAGAACAGUCUAACCAGGUCUAGUGGUGUAGAGAAAGGUCUAACCAGGUCUAGUGGUGUAGAGAACAGUCUAACCAGGUCUAGUGGUGUAGAGAAUGGUCUAACCAGGUCCAUCUGUGUAGAGAACGGUCUAACCAGGUCUAGUGGUAUAGAGAACGGUCUAACCAGGUCUAGUGGUGUAGAGAACGGUCUAACCAGGUCCAUCUGUGUAGAGAACGGUCUAACCAGGUCUAGUGGUAUAGAGAACGGUCUAACCAGGUCUAGUGGUGGAGAGAACGGUCUAACCAGGUCUAGUGGUGUAGAGAACGGUCUAACCAGGUCUAGUGGUGUAGAGAACGGUCUAACCAGGUCUAGUGGUGUAGAGAACAGUCUAACCAGGUCUAGUGGUGUAGAGAACGGUCUAACCAGGUCUAGUGGUGUAGAGAACGGUCUAACCAGGUCUAGAGGUAUAGAGAACGGUCUAACCAGGUCUAGUGGUGUAGAGAACAGUCCUAGUCAAUAGAACCAUAGCGUUCACAGCCACUCCUCAACCACAACCACAAACGGUCACAACCACCACGUUCAGUGCUGUGCGGUCACCAUGGACGGUUGUGGUCUAACCCCGGUCUUGGACUAUACGGCUGAGAUGGAGCGAUACCGAUCUUUCGCUAACUUCUAUGCUAAAACUAACGUGAACAUGAACGCUGUUAACAGCAUGAAUUUCCCUCAGUCGGCCAAGCUCGCCCGAAUCACUCCUCCCAUGUUCCCCGGCGGCAGGCUUGGCGUAGCGGGAGUGACGCCUUGGGGCUGCCAUGACAACGUCAACAUGAACAUCAAUGCAGCGGCGAUGCUGUGGGGGCGUAAACCUCCCGUACAUCAGGCCACACCCCUGGCUCCUCCCACAACGCACCCGUCGCCCUUGGCAACGCACAUGCAGCCCCACCCCCACCGGACCGGCGGUGAGGGGAAGCAGCACGGAGGACACGCCUCCUCCUCACAGGGACAGGAAACACAUCAUCACCACGGGAAUAACAACUUCCUGUCAGGCUACACGUCCACCGAUCACAUGACAAAACAAGGCCACACCCACCAGGACAUGCUCAGCCUAUCAGAUCGCAACAGCAGCUGCAAUGGAGGAGGAGGAGCCAACGGGGUCAACAUGCCCAACUUCCCCGCUGGAAUGUUGGGGUUACCACCCGGGGUCAUCGUCAUGGCGAUGGGGUCGCACAAUGGCGUCAACAUUCCAGACUCCUCCCACUUCCAGAUGGCGACCAACCACAACCAGAUGCUAUCGGACUGCCACCACGCCAACCAGACUAACUCCUCCCCCUGCCCCUCGACUUCCCCGGGGAUGACCUCUGGGGGUCAGGGGUCAGGAGCCUCCAAGAGGAAGAGGAAGCGGUGUGGAGUGUGUGCCCCCUGCAGAAGACUGAUUAACUGUGGGGUCUGUUCAGCCUGUAGAAACAGGAAGACAGGUCAUCAGAUCUGUAAGUUCAGGAAGUGUGACGAACUGAAGAAGAAGGCUGGGAGUAUACAGCUAGAGAGUCCUCCCUCGGUGCCCAGUGGAGAAGCUUUCAGAUGGUUCUUCUAGAGGUCGAACAACAACUCUUGAAAAGCUGAAGAUGUGAAAAGGAGAACUCCUGCUAGUCUUUACUAGUCUAUAACUAGUCUAUAACUAGUAACUUGUUUCAGUUCUUCACCUCGUGACUGGUUCCUCUCUCACCAUAGAAAUAAAGUCUUAUAGAACUGGCCCCUCCACCCCUUCCCCCAGUCAGUGAUGUCGUGAUGGGGCCUGAGAUUCUGUCUCUUAUACUCUCUACCUCCUUCCACAACAACAACAACAACAACAACAGUGUUCUAACUCUUCCUCAAUGUAGCCCAGUCAGUCCGAUGUGUUUUCAGGACAGUACAUCGCAUUGCAGCGGAGCAGAAACCUUUAGAACCCAGGAGGUUCCUCCUUCAUGUUCUGAUGUUUAACAUCUACGAACCUGACUGGAGCUGUCACAGAACGUUUCCCGGGAAACAUUUAAGGUUGUGUGUUCCAAUUGCACCCUCUUCCCUGUAAAGUUUGAUUUGGACAUAUACUAUAUUAUAUAGUGUGUUAUACUUACGCUAUAUAGUGCAUUACUUUGAAUGUAGUGCAUUGUGGAGGGAAUAGGAUGCUGCCUGGGACCCUUUUCGUUGAAUUAAGCCCCUCCUCUCUAACUGGCUGGAACCCUUUUCGUUGAAUGAAGCCCCUCCUCCCUAACUGCCUGGGACCCUUUUCACUGAAUAAGCCCCUCCUCUCUAACUGGCUGGGACCCUUUUCGUUGAAUAAGCCCCUCCUCUCUAACUGCCUGGGACCCUUUUCACUGAAUAAGCCCCUCCUCUCUAACUGCCUGGGACCCUUUUCACUGAAUAAGCCCCUCCUCUCUAACUGGCUGGGACCCUUUUCAUUGAAUACGCCCCUCCUCUCUAACUGGCUGGGACCCUUUCAUUGAACAAGCCCCUCCUCUCUAACUGGCUGGGACCCUUUUCGUUGAAUUAAGCCCCUCCUCUCUAACUGCCUGGGACCCUUUUCGUUGAAUUAAGCCCCUCCUCCCUAACUGCCUGGGACCCUUUUCACUGAAUAAGCCCCUCCUCUCUAACUGGCUGGGACCCUUUUCACUGAAUAAGCCCCUCCUCUCUAACUGGCUGGGACCCUUUUCGAUGAAUAAGCCCCUCCUCUCUAACUGCCUGGGACCCUUUUCAUUGAAUACGCCCCUCUUCUCUGACUGGUUGGGAUCCUUUCAUUGAAUACGCCCCUCUUCUCUGACUGGUUGGGAUCCUUUCAUUGAAUAAGCCCCUCCUCUCUAACUGGCUGGGACCCUUUUCAUUGAAUAAGCCCCUCCUCUCUAACUGGCUGGGACCCUUUUCAUUGAAUAAGCCCCUCCUCUCUAACUGGCUGGGACCCUUUUCAUUGAAUAAGCCCCUCCUCUCUAACUGGCUGUCGCAUGGAUUAUAACGUGUUUUGUUUUUUUGAAAGGUUACAAAACGUUUGUAUAUUAACGUCGUGAUUCCUCCAUGUGUCGAGUAAUAAAAUGGUUUUAAAUAA